AACUCAAUAUUAGUAAGGUGUUUCUAAUGGUUUGUACACUCAGUGUAUACUUACGUGCAUUCAGAUCAGAUCUUUAUUUGUAGGACUAUCUAUGGUAGAAUGCUAUGGAUAAUUUUCAUCUGUAUGGUGAUUAUCCUCAGUGAGGAAUGGGGUCGGAGGAAUGCAGCCAUCAUUGUUAGUGAUUUUACCCUUUUUGCCAGCUGUACACGUCACAGCAUCCUCUCUCUGGUGCGGUUGGAAAUGCACCAUUGCUGCAUCAUCCCGCUUUCUCUUUAAAUAAUUAUAGGGUGCCCCCGAGACCAUAAUAGGUUAUAUUUCAGUCAUGGUCGACGAUGUUCCACCGAUUAUAAACAUUUCUAUCGCUCUAAAAAUUCAACCGAAUGAUGGACCGGUGUUUUUCAAGGUGGAUGGGACCAGAUUCGGCCAGAGCAGGACAAUAAAAUUGCUUACAGGGUCGAAGUAUAAGGUUGAGGUGGUUAUGAAGCCGGGCAAUGCUGAUGCCGCCACCAUGAACAUCGGAGGUAUCACCCUCCCUCUGGAGCAGCAGUCCAAAGACGAGGAGUCAGUGGUGUACCAUGGACAUUAUGACACAGAGGGAGUGCCUCACACCAAGAGUGGGGACAGGCAACCUGUCCAAGUCAGCAUAGAGUUUGGAAAGGCGGGCCAAUUCGAGACAAUAUGGCAAGUAAAGUACUAUAACUACUACAAGCGAGACCAAUGCCAGUUUGGGAACAAAUUCGUCAAUAUCGAGUACGAAUGCAAGCCCAAUGAGACGCGCAGCCUGAUGUGGAUCAACAAAGAGGUGUUCAAUUGAGGAGCACCAAUCAACUCAUUCUUCCAAUACCCAGUAAUGGAAGAAAAACAAGCAGAGGAGAUGCGUUGCACACAAUAACCCUUUUUUACCAUCAAGUUCAGAGGGAAAAGCCUUACUGUAGGCAUGCGUUUCAAGUCACUGAGCACCAUAAUUGUCUGUUUUAGAGAAAGGGGGGCAGUUAUCUACCAGUCUGAUCUCGGGGGGGGGGGGGGGGGGGGGGGGGGAUUCACGGCUAUACAACAUCUGCUGUGUUACUCUGAGCUCUGGUCACACGAGCUGAAGCUGUGGCCCUCCUGGACCAGGAUUGAAGACAGUUGCGGGUGAAAUGUAUCUAACCUGAUUUAUUACGUGUGAGGUGUGUGUGAUGUGAGUUAUAUGAAUAAAUGUACAUAUUUGUGUUAUCCUAUGUGUUAGUUCUAGUAUUGUUUAAGCCUUUGAACAGCUGUCUACUUCUGAACAGCACAAUUGUGAUUAGCCUAUAAAGGGGUGAGACAGUUUUUUUGUUAAAACUUCUAUAUUAUUUUAUGGAGAUAUUCUAUAAUCUAUUAAGUGCUUCUAUUUCUGUAAUGUUGUGGAUCACUAUCAUUGUUUUGUCUCAGUUUUGUCUGUAAAUGCAUGGCUGAAUAAUCCUAUGCCUAAAGGUUUUGUUCUUCAGAUGCAAAAUUAUAUGAGAUUGCCUAAAAUGUUCAGUUCUGUUAUAUAUGUAAUUGAAAAGUGUGGAAGUAAAUAUACCCAUACCAGUUACUAGCGUACUUGAUUAACAUCAUUGUACAAUAAUUGGAAUAAGUAGUUUGUUGUUGCUGUGGUUUAAAUUGUCCUAUUGAAGACACUAAUUCACUGAAA